CGCUGGGGUCCCUCACUGCCUCACUCUCCCUUUCUUUCUCGCACUCACACACGCACACACAUUCCUCCCCAGUCACUCUGAGGGGCAGGCACAUUGCGUGCUAGAAGCCUACAGCAAAGAAUCUUACGCAGUCGCUUUGGCCACAGACAGAACAGAGGCGGUACCGAGAGAAAGAGAGACAGAAAAAGGGCGAGGGAGCACCAGAGGAGGUCUGACGACACAGUUUUCACUUUCUCUGUAUGCUGCACCUUCAUGGAAGCCUUGUUAUAGACCCACAGCUGCACAGCUGUGUCCAUAUAAAAGCUGUCAAUGUGCAACACGUGCACAGAGCUCUUCAAGAGGUCACUUGUUUCUUCAAGGAGACAAACUGGAUGGCCGAAAUACACCUCAGGAGUGUGAGGUGUAGGACUGGACCAGCAAUGUUCUACACAAUUUUUUACUCAAGGAUGUCCUAUAUGGACAUAUCCAUCCCCAGACCAAUGGACUCUCUCAGAAACUUCUAAUAUCACCAGAUUCAGGACUACCCAAGAAGACCAAAAAGCUUUGACCAAAGAAUCCUGCAAUUAGAUCCUGUUUGGCAAGUUCUGCAUCACUGACCUGGACGUCCCAUAAGCCCUGAGUCACUGGACUCUCCCAAAAGCUUCUAAUAUCAUAUGAUUCAAGACUACCCAAAGAAGACGUUUUGACCAAAGAAGCCCUCAAAGAGACCUUGGUUGACAAGCUCUGCAUCACUGACCUGCCUCAUUGACCUGUUUCACUGACUACUGACUGCAAUGCUCUGGUGGAGGCUUGCCUACCGUGCUGUGUGUUUGGCAGCUCUUUUGGUGGUGGCCGGUUGUGAGCAGAAGCGAGAAACAGAUGAAGGGUCACGGGGCUCCUCAGGGAAGGCCAAUGGCACAGGCGGCAGCUCCAGCAGCCGCAGGUACCACCGGCUCCAGCACGGCCAGUGCACCUACACUUUCAUCCUUCCAGAAGGCGAUGGAAAUGGUGGGACAUCAUGCCGGGAGACAAAAGCAGCCCCCCAGUACAAUGCCAAUGCAUUGCAGAGAGAUGCCCCUCCACCUGAGCCUGACAUCCCUAGCCAGAAGAUCCAGCAGCUGGAGCACAUCAUGGAGAACUACACACAGUGGUUACAGAAGAUCGAGAACUACAUUAAAGAGAGCAUGAAAGCAGAGAUGGCCCAGUUACAGCAGAGUGCGGUCCACAAUCACACUGCAGCCAUGUUGGAAAUGGGCACCAAUCUUCUCUCCCAGACGGCUGAACAGACCCGCAAGCUCACUGACGUUGAGACUCAGGUUUUGAAUCAGACGUCCAGGCUGGAGAUUCAACUGUUGGAGAAUUCACUGUCCACCAACAAGCUGGAGAAGCAGCUCAUAGUGCAGACCAAUGAGAUCAGCAAACUGCACGACAAGAAUGGGUUUCUGGAGCUGAAGAUGCAGGAGAUGGAGGCGAGGCACAAGCAGGAACUGGAGGUGUUGAGGGAGGAGAAGAGCAGUCUGCAGGCACUGGUAGGCAGGCAGAGUGGAGUGAUCCGCGAGCUGGAGAGCCAGCUGGGGCGAGCCACAGGCAACAGCACAGCGCUGCAGAGACAGCAGCAGGACCUGAUGGACACUGUGCACAGCCUCCUCAGUCUCUGCUCCAAAGAUGGAGUGGUGCCCAACAGCACAAAGCAAGCUGACGAGGAGAAGAAAUUUCGUGACUGUGCUGAUUUGUAUGAGUCAGGAAUCCGGAAGAACGGAGUAUACACCAUCAACAUCAGCCCUCAAGAAACCAAAAAGGUAUACUGCAACAUGGAGUCUGCUGGUGGAGGAUGGACAGUAAUCCAGCAUCGGGAGGAUGGCAGUGUUGAUUUCCAGAGAACAUGGAAAGAAUACAAAAUGGGCUUUGGGAGUGUGUCGGCUGAGCACUGGCUGGGGAACGAGUUUGUGUACAUGCUGACCAGUCAGAGGCAGUAUGCUCUCCGCGUGGAGCUGACCGACUGGGAUGGACAUCAGGCCUUCUCCCAGUAUGACCACUUCAACAUCGGCAGCGAGAAAAACAACUACAGGCUGUCCUUAAAGAGCCACAGUGGAACAGCAGGAAGGCAGAGCAGUCUGGUGAUCCAUGGUGCGGACUUCAGCACCAAAGACGUAGACAAUGACAACUGCAGCUGCAAGUGUGCACUGAUGCUAACCGGAGGCUGGUGGUUUGAUGCCUGCGGCCCGUCAAACCUGAAUGGGAUGUACUACACCCAAGGUCAACAUGUCGGCAAGCUCAAUGGCAUCAAGUGGCACUAUUUCAAAGGCCCAAGUUACUCUCUCCGAGUGACCACCAUGAUGAUCCGACCACUGGACAUUUCAUAGAGAUCUUCACUCACCCACAGCGCAGGUGGGAACAUUCUUGAAAAAGGGCUACACUAUCAAAUGACACUUUUUAAGCUACAUAUACGACACCUGGAUUGUGUGACACUUCACUUUCCGUGAGUAACCCACCACUCAUGGAAACAGGGACUGAGCGAAGAAGAAAGGUGACCUAUUAUUAUCCUGCAGCCCACAGCAGAGGGUUAGCUCUCUGGGAAUUUCCGGGUGUGUUCUUGGCUGGUUUUCUUGACUGGUCACUCACGCCCAGUGAACUGCUGAGGCAGGGACAUCACCUUUGAAGGGAGCAGACUGCACAGUGUUACCCAUCUGCAAAGCCUCUGGUUUAUUUGGCUCGCUGGUGACCUCACAGCAGCUGGAAUCUUCUGAAAACCAAAAGUGAGCCAUUAAAGUUUCUUAACAAACUGUGUUGCACAAUUACCUUUGGGACAUGAAUACAUUAUUUUCUAUUGUUACACUUUUUAUACCUACACAAUGUUUUUCUUUGUACAUACUUCUAAUGAAAAGAGAGGAAAAGCAUAGCAUGCAGCUCAGAAUAAAGUUCAGCUGAUGGUACUUUUGCCAGAUGGUGUUUGUUUCAGAGUUCAAAUAACUGCAUUAUUAUUAUUGCCUUUGAACUUUAGUGACCUUCAACUAGCCAUUAUAAUGUGAACACAGGCCAGGGUUCAGAUGCACAGUAUGAUUGCUUAUCCCACUUACAAUUUAGCUACAUUUGAGAAGAAUUUAUGUGAAAAACAAAUUUAGGGUCAAAUCAUAACUUGGUGUGAUAAAAUACAAAUGCAAAUGUGCUAAAAAUCAAACAUCUUUGCAGUUUCAUGUACAAACAAGUUAAUUUGCCAGGAAUUACUUGUAUAUUUAGUCAUUAUUUUCCUCAGUCCUGGACCUGCACUGCACAGGUUAGUGACUUCUCUGCUGGAAUUCUCUUUAGUCAGAUGUUUUACAGCAGGAAAACCCAAAAGUCUGGAGUGUAGGCUUCAUCCUAGAGCUGAGAAACAUUGCGCUGAAGGUGAGAAUCAUUGCAUAUAAAACUAUUGUCUGCUCUUACAUCAGUAAAAAUAACAAAGACAGAUGGUACUGUACAUUAUUUUUAUAUACUCUACAGGUAACUUUUUUGUGUUGAAUCAUUAUUUGUUUUUGAGUUUUUUAACUUUGCAAAUGUAUAUAAUUUCUGCUUAAAUAAGGAUACAGUGCGAAUGUUUUGUUUUAGAAUGCGAGAAAGAGUAUUUUAUCUCUUCUGUAUGUCUUUAUAGUCUAUUUUGGGAACUUGGCAGGUCUGUGGUAAGAUUGUAUUUUUAGCUUGCGAAUGCACACGUACACACACACACACACACACACACACACCUAUACACACUCUCACACACUCUCUCUCUAACUGAUCUGAAGUACACACACAUUCAUUUCCAGUCUGUUUUUCUUUCAUCAGUGAAGCUUGAAAACACUCUUUUAAUAGGCCCCGGCUGAAGGACAGCAAAAUGAACGACUCGUUUUAGUGCACCGUACUUCUGCGUAACUAUCAGCACAGAACACCUACAUGCACUUAUCUGUUUCGUGUUACUGAAAACAGGUCAUUGUAUAGAAAAGCCAUAAGCAUCUGGAGCAUAUUAAACAAUAGCAUGACAUUUAUUAGCAUACAUAAAGUAUUGUAAUUUAAUGUGUGUUUGUGUAAAAUUGCUUUCCUGAGGAAAGAUGUUUUUUUCAUUCUCUCAGAGCCACAUGAUACGCUCUGCUCUACAAAAGUAACUGAAAUAAUAAUACUAGUGCAGACUGCCUUCGAAGACUCUACUAUUACCUCGUAAAAAUGUUACAUUUGCCAUUUUAUUUAAACACUUCAUUCUUUGUAACAUUCAGAAUUUUGUGAUGUCUAAAUAAAAGAAUGCAUGAGAUGCACUGAAGUCUCA